CCUUAGACCUCGAACGACAAGCUCCUCUGCUAAGCCAUGCCUCUCGACAAGGUUCCGCCACCAAGCGGACCGUUCCAUCAACGCUUCCAGACAGAAAUCGUGUGGCGAAACGUAGCAUUUUACCUCGGGCUUCAUCUUCUAGCACUUUACGCAGUACUAUUGGUCCUUACGUUCCAGGUCAAGUGGCAAACCUGUGUUUUAAGUUAUGUUCUCGUAAUAGGAACAUCACAGGGGAUUCUUUCUGGUGUUCAUCGGUACUAUUCACACAAGUCGUAUCAAGCAAGAUGGCCGUUACAAUUGUUCUUCGUUUUCUGGUUUACGCUUGCAUUUCAGAAUUCCGUUUGGACUUGGGUCAGAGACCACCGCCAGCAUCACAAGUACUCGGACACAGACGCAGACCCUCAUAAUGCGGCGCGAGGGUUCUUCUUCGCUCACAUGGGCUGGCUCAUGAUGCGAAAACAUCCAAAAGUAUUGGAGAAGGGCGAUGAAAUUGAUCUGACUGAUAUAGAAAAUGAUCCACUGGUCAUGUUUCAAAAACGAUACUACAUGCCAUUUUACCUCGUGUGCUCUCUUUUAGUAGCGAUACUGCUGCCUGUGUAUGGAUGGGAAGAAACACUGGCAAACGCGUUCUUCGUUCCAUUUAUUUUGCGCACAGUCAUCAUUCUUCACCUUACGUGGUUUGUCAACAGCGCAGCGCACUAUUUUGGCACUAAACCCUACGACAGGACCUUAUGGCCGUCGGAGAACGCGGCGGUGGCAGCUGUUACCUUUGGCGAAGGCUGGCACAACUACCACCACUCGUUCCCUGGGGACUACCGAGGAGCUGACUUCGGAUACCGCGACAACACAACGACCUAUUUCAUCGACUUCCUCUCUCGCAUCGGCUUGGCUUAUGACCUGAAGACGGUGUCCGACGCGGCUGUGAAGGCGAGAGCCUUGAGGACCGGUGACGGAUCCUUUCCUCGUCACCGCUUGGAUGAGCAAAGCAAUCCCACUGAAGAGAGAGAACAAACCAACAAGAAGUCGACCAACUACUUUUUUGAAAACUUUCUAAAGUUGCGUUAAACUAACAUAGCCAAAGAAUGAUUUUAAAAUAUCAUCCCUUUUAUUUAAGAUUAAAAUAUUUUAAGAUUUUAAGAUCAAAGA